CAGCUGCUGGGCAUCAGUGCAGACGCAGAAGAUCCAGAAUGGAGUUUGUGGAAGUUUUUGACUCUCCGGGGAAAGGUCGCGGGCUGAGGGCCACUAAAGAGGUUUGGGCUGGAGACGUGCUGUUCGCUGAACCACCCUUCGCUUCCGUGGUGUUUGACAGCCAGGCGUCCAGCAUCUGUCACAGUUGUUUCCGGCGUCAGGAGAAGCUGCAGCGCUGUGGACAGUGCAGGUUUGCGCAAUACUGUGAUAAAACAUGUCAGCGCGCCGGCUGGGAGGAGCACAAGCUGGAGUGUGCUGCCAUCAAGACCUACGGAAAAGCGCCCAGCGAAAACGUCCGUCUGGCGGCCCGUAUCCUGUGGCGUAUGGAUAAGCAGGGCAGUGUGGUGUCUGACAAUCAGCUGACGACUCUGGAGGAUCUGGAGGAUCACAUCUGCGACAUCUCAGAAGACGACCUGAAGGACUUUAAAGUGGACAUCCACAACUUUCUGGACUACUGGCCGCGAAACAGCAAACCGCACACGGUGGACAGCGUCUCGCACAUCCUCGGGGUGAUCAACUGUAACGGGUUCAUGGUGAGCGAUCAGCGUGGCCUGCAGGCAGUCGGUGUGGGGUUAUUUCCCAAUCUGUGUUUGGUGAACCACGACUGCUGGCCCAACUGCACCGUCAUCCUCAACAACGGAAAUCAGUCGGCCAUCGAUACUGUGUUUCACUCUCAGAAGAGGAUUGAGCUGCGAGCUCUGGGAAAGAUCAGUGCUGGUGAAGAGGUGACGGUGGCGUAUGUGGAUUAUCUGAAUGUGUCUGAAGACCGCCGGCGUUUGCUGAAACAGCAGUAUUUCUUCGACUGCACAUGCGAACACUGCACUGAAAAAACCAAAGAUGAUCUGAAGAUGGCCGGAGCCGAGGUGGACGGAGUCAAGGUGCCGGAGGACAAGGUGAAGGAGAUCACAGAGUUCAGCAGACAGAAGCUGGAGACGAUGGAGAAGGCCAGGAUAGAGGCCAACUAUAAUGAGGUGGUGAAGAUCUGCCGUGAGUGUGUGGAGAAGCAGGAGAAUGUUCUGGCCGACACACACAUCUAUCACCUGCGUGUGUGUUGUACCCUCAGUGAGGUGCUGUCGUACCUGCAGUUCUUCGAGGAGGCGUCUGAAUACGCCCGCAGGAUGGUGGACGGAUACCUGAAACUGUAUCACCCCAAUAAUGCUCAGCUGGGGAUGGCCACGAUGCGCGCGGGUGUCACACACUGGCAGGCCGGCUUCAUCGAGGUGGCGCACGGGAUGAUCUGCAAAGCCUUCGCCAUCCUGAUGAUCACACACGGACCCACACACCCUAUCACUAAAGACCUGGAGGCCAUGCGCAUGCAGACGGAGAUGGAGCUGCGCAUGUUCCAGCAGAACGAAUACGUUUAUCACUCGAUGCGUGAAGCGGCGCUCAAAAACCAGCCAAUGAGGAUGAUGGCGGAGCCGACCAAUGAGGGCAUCAAGAACCUGUUCCGCAGGAAGUGACAUCACACAACUUCCUGUCCACAGUGACAGACACGCUCAGGUCAACGCUACACACACACACAUACUCAAGUGUUUAUUAUCAGACACUGCUGUUCUUCAUUUACUUACGGCUAUAUUAUAUUAUAUUAUAUUAUAUUA